AUGAAGCUACGUCAUUUGAUAGUUUUGCAGAACAAAAUCGAUCUUGUGGGCGAGGUGCACGCGCAUGAUCAGUACCGACAAAUACGAGCCUACCUGGAUAACAUAGCGCUCAACGCCCCGAUCGUGCCGAUCUCGGCCCAGCUCAAACGCAAUGUGAACUUCCUAUUGGAGUACCUCGUGCACGUACCACUUCCAACCCGUCAGCUACGCUGUCCGGCCCGUAUGACAAUUGUUCGAUCGUUCGACAUCAAUAAGCCCGGAGAGGGUGAUAUCGAAAACCUGAAAGGUGGGGUAGCAGGUGGUACAGUCACACAGGGUGUCAUUCGGCUUGGGCAAGUGCUUGAGAUCCGCCCUGGGCUGAUAAAGUCGCGCAGCUACACGGAGCAGGGUCGGUUCAGUUAUAACCCUCUUCGCACCCGUACGGUCUCACUGAAGGCAGAGAACAAUGUGCUGCAGUACGCCAUCCCCGGUGGUCUUAUUGCCGUCGGUACCACGUUAGACCCCACACUAACGCGACAGGAUAAAAUGGUAGGACAUAUGAUUGGUGAGGAAAACUCCCUGCCGGACGUGUAUGCAGAGUUAGAGGUGCAGUUUUACCUUUUCAACGAAAUGGUCGGCACGAAGGCAUCUAAGGAUGGUAAAACCUCUAUCAAACGCGUGCAGAAACUUAAUCUUCAAGAGUCGCUCCAAAUCAAUGUCGGCACCCUCACGGCCGGUGCUACGGUGCUAAACAUUACGAUAAACCCAGAUAUUGCGAAGCUGGAAUUGGUGACUCCCGUGUGUUGUUCACUUGGGGAGCAGGUAGCUAUAUCGCGUAUGGUAGAUAAUAACUUCCGUUUGAUUGGUUGGGGAACCAUUCGUCGGGGGGUUCCAAUGAAGCAAGGAGUCUAA